GAAGUUUUGUCUGCUAUGCGGCUAGACAUAUUCCCUGAUAAAGUCUUGUCGCUACAUCGGAAUUACAAUAUAAACGCACCCACGACCCCACCCCAACCCAAUGCAAAUGAAGAUACAAAAGUUAUCAGUGGUGUGUUAGGUGUUGAAGAUUUGGUGGUGCAGCAAAAAAGUAAACAUCGAAGUAAAAGGAAGAAAAAUUCAAAAAAGAAAUCCCACAAAAAUGACAAAGAAAGUGGAUCAGCCUGUAGCAAGUCAAGGUCAAGGCAUGUGUCAAAGGAAGGUCAUCAUAGAAAGAAGCAUAAAAACAAAAAAUCUCAUCAUAAAUCACCUGACUCCCACUCCUCGGAUGAAAGAGAAAGAAAGAGAAUACGGAGGAGAUCCUCCUCCUCAUAUCAUAGGCGGCAUCACUCUUCCAGUGUUCCCAGAUCAAAAAGUCGAUCACCUGAUAACAUUAAACAACAUAUGCAGAGGCCACCACAAUCUUCAGUGAGUCCUAUUUCAACAUCCAAACACAACAGCAAAGAAACCCCCAAAAAAGAAGAGAGCAAGGCAAAGAAGAGAAUAAAAGAAAAAAAUAAUUUGUUGGCAUGGCAACCACCACUCGAGGACGAUGAAGAGGAAAUUGUUCUCUUGAAGAAACACAAAGAGAAAAAAAUCACUUCUUCUGCGGAAAAAACUCUUCCUGAAAAUAUGCUGACUAAUAAUAAUGUGGGGCAAGAUUCAAAAUUGAUUAGUCAUGAUAUGCAAAUUAGCAAGAAUGAAAAUGCGGAAACAAUAGAAAAUAAUGCCGUCACUUCUCCUACCGAAUCCACCCCUGAAGUUAAAAUAAAGGUUGAUGAUGAUGUCAUAGAUGAAAUGUUGACCUCUGCACUUGACCUUCAACCUGAGAUCAAACCAAGGUCAAAGGUCAACAUAAGGUCACGUAUGUUACAACUACAACAAGCACAACAGAACAAUGAAGUAAAAGUGAACAACAUUGAGUUAGAAGUAAACAAUAAUGAAACCACGAACAACAAAGCUGAAGCUGUUUCUCCUGAUGUGAUACAAUUGGGUGUUUCACCCAUAAUUAACGGGGUAACCCCUAUCACCCCCAUGGAGGUGACCCCUAUUACUUCUGGAUUAGGGGUCAAUCCAAAAGAUGUUGAGUCCCAUCUUACCCCGGCGGUGUCCCAACUUACUGGGAGUGAAGGUAAUUCCCCUGAAAGUGUGGGUUCGACGGGUGAAUAUGGUGAUUCCCCUGAACCACCUAAAGAUAUUGGGAUUUGGUCGGAUGACGACGAAAGUAAAGUAAAGAAGGUAUCUGUGAAGAGAAAGAAGCGUAAUCGACGAGGUGACUCAGCGAAAUUAAAAGAUGAUUCGACAAAAUUGACAGGCGACACAGAAAAAUUUGAAGACGACCCAAAAGUUGACCCAGCAAAGAAUGCUUCGGUUGCCAAAUUUCAAGAUGACUUAGAUAAAAUUGAAGUUGCUUCUGAAAAAAAUUCAAACAAGUUGGAAGAAAGUUCAAAGGUUUUUCCUGCAGAAAUUGUGAAUGAACCAGAACAUACUGAAACUGUGGUCAUUAGACCAGAACCACCCCCACCACCCCCAACCAAACCCACCAUGAUACCUACCCUGACCCCCGCGUUUACCCCGGCAACAGUGGGUCAGUUCCGGGUAAGCGACCUCGGUCGUGUCAUCGAAGAUCAAGUAGAGGAAGAAUUACAACUCCACGACGCGAUUCCCCACAAAAAAACCUUUGUUUUCAACAUAAAACUCCCCAAACCUGAGGAUACCGGGAACCCCCUGAAUAAGAAAAAGAAACAUAAAAAGAAAUCGAAAAAAAAGAAUAAAGAAAUUGAAAAAACUUCAACAUCUGUUGAGACCUUACCCACUGCGUCAACCACUGUUAUCACUUCAGGGAUUUCCCCUUCUAACCCGAUUCAAACAGCCGGAAAUCCCCAGACAGCAAUUCCUGGGGCUUCCCCCUCUUACCCCGCAAUGGGAAAUACCCCUCACCAAAACAUGAUGUACAACGCCCAUUAUUACCACACAAUGCAAAUGCACCAGCACUACAUGAGGGGAAUUCCCUACCCGUACUACCCCCACCAUAUGAUGGGGUACAUGGCUUACCCCAAUCGACCCCCCUUACCCAUCAACGGACGACCCCCGCUGCCCUCGGACCCCCCACCCUUACCAGACGAAGCAUCAAAACCACCGGAGCCAGUUUUCGACUCGAAGAGAUUAAGCGACCACGCUGUCUUAAGUUUGUUUGCAAGUAAAGAUAUCACUGAGGAAUCUUUACAAAAACAGUUCUAUCCUUUAGAAGUAAACAAUAAUGAAACCACGAACAACAAAGCUAAAGCUGUUUCUCCUGAUGUGAUACAAUUGGGUGUUUCACCCAUAAUUAACGGGGUAACCCCUAUCACCCCCAUGGAGGUGACCCCUAUUACUUCUGGAUUAGGAGUCAAUCCAAAAGAUGUUGAGUCCCAUCUUACCCCGGCGGUGUCCCAACUUACCGGGAGUGAAGGUAAUUCCCCUGAAAGUGUGGGUUCGACGGGUGAAUAUGGUGAUUCCCCUGAACCACCUAAAGAUAUUGGGAUUUGGUCGGAUGACGACGAAAGUAAAGUAAAGAAGGUAUCUGUGAAGAGAAAGAAGCGUAAUCGACGAGGUGACUCAGCGAAAUUAAAAGAUGAUUCGGCAAAAUUUAAAGGCGACUCGGGAAAAUUUAAAAAUGAUUCGUCAAAAUUGACAGGCAACACAGAAAAAUUUGAAGACGACCCAAAAGUUGACCCAGCAAAGAAUGCUUCGGUUGCCAAAUUUCAAGAUGACUUAGAUAAAAUUGAAGUUGCUUCUGAAAAAAAUUCAAACAAGUUGGAAGAAAGUUCAAAGGUUUUUCCUGCAGAAAUUGUGAAUGAACCAGAACAUACUGAAACUGUGGUCAUUAGACCAGAACCACCCCCACCACCCCCAACCAAACCCACCAUGAUACUUACNCCUGACCCCGCGUUUACCCCGGCAACAGUGGACUCGAAGAGAUUAAGCGACCACGCUGUCUUAAGUUUGUUUGCAAGUAAAGAUAUCACUGAGGAAUCUUUACAAAGACAGUUCAAUCCCGACAAAGAUGACGUCAAACUUCCUUCCCCCGCAUCGUCACGUUCAGUCACGCCUCACCGAACACGCAAACGUCAUCGACGACGUAAGUCACGUGGUCGUCAUUCAUCAUCAAGCGAUUAUACGUCACGCAGUCGAAGUACGUCACGUCAUCGUCAUAGAAACAGACGACGUCAUAGUUACAGCAGUAGCAGCAGAUCUUCGUCGUACUCACGAUCGCCAUCUAGCGACAGAGAUUCAAGCAGAAGUCGAUCGUCAUAUUUCUCUUCCUCGUCGUCGCGAAGAAUAGAACACGCAACCAUCACUGUAAUGUUAACUGAUACACAUAUUGCUUUUAUGACGUCACACAAGAAAUCCAUAAUCCUUUUCAGCCGCUCACGUGACCGACGACGUCACACCCGUUCACCGUCUACGUCAUCAUCGGAUAGCGACCUUGAUCGACCUUGUCGUCACUACCGCUCCACUAGAUCAAGGUAA